GGCGAGCGUUAGGAACAGCAGAGCUCCCUGGUCGCAGGGAUUAACUCCAGCAGCAGCAGCAGCAGCAGCAGCAGGAAGGAGCAGCCUCAUCCACCACCACCACCACCACCACCACCGCCGCCGCCGCUGCUGCUGCUGCCCGCUCGCUCUCCUUUGUGCUGCCGACAGCAAUGCAGAGCCAGGGAUUGGCAGCUCGGGGGGACCCAGGCCAGGCCCCGGCCGGAGCUGGCAGCCGCGCUGCUGAGGGAGACCCUGAUUCCAACCCCGUGGAGCGCGAGGAGCAGCUGUCCCCACAGUCGCCGGGACGGGAGAUGGGAGAGUGUCCGGACCAGCCGCCGCUUCGGGAGCCGACGGGAUUGCCAGAUUCACCCGGGACGAUGUACCAGGCGCGGGGAGAGGGGGCGGCAGGCGGCAAGCGCCGGGCGGGCGGUGGGGGGGGGCGCCUGCCGCUGGACUGCCGGGUGUGCGGGCGGACCUUCAAGUCGCGGCUGUGGCUGGAGAAGCACCAGGCGGCCCACGGCCGGGUCUACCAGUGCGGCGACUGCGGCAAGCGCUUCGGCCAGCGGCACGGGCUGAAGGCCCACCGGCUGGUGCACUCGGGCGAGCGGCCGCACGCCUGCCCCGUCUGCGGCCUGGCGUUCAGCCGCCCCUCCGAGCUGACGCGGCACCGGUGCCGCUGCCACAGCCGGGCCGGCCUACCCUACAAGUGCGGCGAGUGCGGCCGGGGCUUCAUCUACCCGUCCGAGCUGGAGAUCCACCGGCGGGUGCACUCGGGCGAGCGGCCGUUCGCCUGCGGCGAGUGCGGCAAGGCCUUCGCCAGCUCUUCGCACCUGCUGACCCACCGGCGGGUCCACACCGAGGAGCGGGCCUUCGGCUGUGGCGAAUGCGGCAAGCGCUUCAAGAGCGCCGGCGAGCUGAAGGUGCACGGGCGCGUCCACACCGGCGAGCGGCCCUUCUCCUGCCCGCUGUGCGGCAAGGCCUUCGGCCAGUCCUCCAAGCUGCUGCGGCACCAGCGGGUCCACACGGGCGAACGGCCCUACGUCUGCUCGGCCUGCGGCAAGGGCUUCGGCGAGUCGGCCCAUCUGCUGGCGCACCGGCUCCUCCACACCGGCGAGCGGCCCUUCGUCUGCCCGCUCUGCGGCAAGGGCUUCACCGUCUCGUCCAGCCUCCUCACCCACCAGCGGGUCCACAGCGGGGAGCGGCCCUUUGCCUGCCCGGACUGCGGCAAGCGCUUCAGCGGCGCCGACUGCCUCCUCACCCACCGGCGGGUCCACACCGGCGAGCGGCCCUUUGCCUGCCGGCUGUGCGGCAAGCGUUUCACCGUCUCCUCCAACCUGAGGCGGCACCAGCGGGUCCACACCGGCGAGCGCCCCUUCCCCUGCGCCGUCUGCGGCAAGCGCUUCAGCCAGUCCUCCCACCUGCUCAAGCACCAGCGGGUCCACGCCUGAGCGGGCGUCGGGGGUUGGGGGGGUGGUUGGUGAG